AUGUCUGCUGUCGACUCCACUCGCUUUCGGACAACGACGCCGCCGCGUCUUUCUCUUGAAGAAUACAUCGGCUCUGGACAUAGUCGUCAUGCCUCCAACUCUUCCGUCUAUUCAAGCGAGUCAUCUCCCUGGUCGACUAUGACUGGAAAUACCAGUCCUACCACCUCGCCAACCAGACAUCAUCAUGGCCCUAAGCUAUUGCCUAAGAUCCGACCUCAAGAUAUCGUGAUCGAGCCGGUGUCUGCCGGCGGGCCUAUUCGUCACCCUCGGGUGCUGUCUAAUACACGGAACCCGCCUGGAUUUAUCCCAUACUCACCGGCACGGCCAUCGAUCGGCCGUCGCACGCGCGAUGUCGUGGACCACUUGACAUUGGCCUCUCCUAUCUCGCCGGUGCCAAUGGCUACACAGGGCAGCCUCUCUGCGCUGUCAUCGCCUGUGACAAUCACCCCUUCGUACAAGCGCAAGGCAGGCGGGGGUCACUCACGCUCGGUGUCGGCAUCUGUCAUCGAUGUCGCGAGUUUGGCUGGAUUUGGGUAUCCCACAUACCGAGAACUGCCAAAAUAUAUGCCUCAAAUGCAUGCUCAGACGACCCCGACCACCCCAGUCACCCCAGUCACUCCAAACAUCAUGCCCUACUCAUCAUACUCCCAAAGAAUGGGCCAGCAUACUCCUGCAAGCACACAAACUCCAUUGACAGUACCGACACCUCAAUACAACUACCGCCAGGGAUCGGCUGCCCAGAAUUCACCAGCCUUACUCAGUCCCCAUGAAGACCUGCCCCCACGGUCUACAACUCUACUGUCAUACCUGACCCUACCAAUCCAACCAAUCAACUUAGUCCGCAACGUGAGCGUAGUUCCAACUCGCGGCCUACACGAUUACUUUUGGUGGGACAUCCGCAACUUGCGCAGCUGGAGCUCCUUCUCACUGGCGACAUUCGACUCUCUGGACAGCCGACUAAUCCAGCUCCUGAAGACGGAAAUCCCAGCAGAGCUCACACCACACGUGCCCGUACCCUCGGCAAGCCUAGCGCCAGAGUCCGAGAACGAUCUAGUGAGUCUAAUCCGCGACCUCUACGCACCACGCAUAAACGCCGCUCUCGCCGUCUCCCAAGGCAAAGACCACCUCCAACUCUACGCCGCCCCAGACGUCCGCAACACAGGCCACAAAAACCACGGCCACCCGCACUUCCUAGCAAACUACCUCUCAGACACCGAGCAAACAAGCGCGGGUCUCCCACGCGGCCGACUAGUCGGCAUCGUGAAAAGCUUCGAUCGUUGGAACACCGGCAUGCGCAACGAAGCCCCCCACAGACGCGUAGAAUACCUCAACGGACUCGCCCACCUCCAGCGUUGCAUGCGCGAGCACUCCUGUCGCUACGGCUUCAUAAUCACCGAGAUCGAGCUUGUCUGCGUGCGAGCAGGCUGCGACACCGGCGAUGACGUCCCCUACUUCGGGUACCUAGAGAUCGCGGCUUCAAUCCCACUCAAAACAGCAGCCGGUGCUGGGAGAAGCGCGCACGCACAUUCGCGCGAUGCCCUGCUCGCAACGCCCAUCAGCGAGCGUUCUUUCUCGUCGUCUUCUAGCUCGUCAUUCCCCCCGCAUCAUGACUCUUCGGAUCCGGAGCCAGCUGAGGAUUCGUUACCGGCUAUGACGGCGGGGCUGGGGUUGUAUUUCUUGUUGAUGCUUUCGAAGUCUGUGCCGCUUCCACAUCAGCCUUCUGCUCACCUCAACGUUGGCGGACCUGGUGCGAUGACUCGUCAGAGGAUUCUGGCGGAGGCGAAGGAUAAGUGGAUUCCUGAGCCGCAAAUUGGGGAGAGGAGGGAUGCUAAGAGGGUGAGGGGGUGGGUUUGGCCUUUGGAUCCUUGGCAUCGGAGGGAAGGGGGGUGCGUCUAG